GGCUCUACAUGCACCCGGGCGAAAACUGAUGCUCUGUCUGAGGUCUUCAGCUGAAAAAUAAAACUUCUUGAUCGCCCAAAAUUAUGACGCUUUACGUUUCUCUCUUUUUAUCAUCUUCCACCGUUCAUCUGUUGUGCCGGACUGACAGGAUCGCUACAACCCGUGAACCAUGGACGGCUCUCGCUCUUUUACCGACCUUCAACAUUCGACCGAUCUAUCAGCACACGAUUAUGAGCUCUUUCCUGAUUGCGACUCUGUUGCUCAUCCAUUGAUCUUCCAACGUACUUCUGAAAUGCAACGCCAACUAUCUCGGGGCGACCAUACGAUGAAGGCGCCAUGGUUUCCCUCGUCCAUGUCUUUGUCCAAUCCAAGCAUGCACCUGGAUCAAAUAGGAUCACCGCACGGAAUGGACGUCCAAAUGUAUCCCGUGAUGUCCGAUAUCUCCUCACCGUUUAGUGGAGAUCCCUCAUCUCCUGGAGCAGAAAGCGGUCCAGGUAACAGCGGCAGUUGGUGGAACAUGGGGUGCUACAUGUCACCGCCUUCCAGUUGUGCCGAUUCGAUGCUGCCUCCACUCGAUCAUUGGGGCUCUUCGUCACCCGCUGCUUCCGCGAAUCUCGAUGCCUCAGUCGCGCCAUCCCAGAUUGUGCAGAGCUAUCCCAUCCCAAUCCCCAUCGCCGAACUCGAUCUGGACCUGGACGCCAGGCUAGGCGACGAGCCAAUUCCGGUGUCUAACCACAAUGGUCUUCAGCACAGUACGCUCGGCGACACCAGUUGCACGCUCCCAUAUCUCGGCGCAGAACCUGCCGCAGACCAGGACUCCAUUCCGUCACCCCCGCGCCCUGUCCCUGCAACCACCCGAUCUGGCCAGAAACGAGGUACACGUCCGAAGAACGGCAUUGAGAAGCGCUCGGGAAAGAAAGAAUCUCUGAAUGAUGGCGCGGUUCGUACGCGUCGCACCCUCUCUAAGAUAAAGACCAGGAAAAGCAGUCGGCCCCAACGUGCAUUUGUUUGCAGUUUCUCCCGCUAUGGAUGCACUAGCUCCUUCGCCUCGAAGAAUGAGUGGAAGCGCCAUGUAACCUCACAGCAUGUCCAGAUAGGAUUCUACCGCUGUGACGUGGGUCAGUGCAACCUUAACAAUAUGAAUAAAGAUGUAGGCGUGAGCUCCGCCAACGACUUUAACCGCAAGGAUCUCUUCACUCAGCACCAACGCCGCAUGCACGCCCCCUGGUCCAAACUCAGCCUGGCCACGGAAGAAGAGAAACAACAAUUUGACGCGGGCCUCGAGGCGGUGCGCCAUCGUUGCUGGCGGGAGCAACGUCAAGCCCCACCUCGUAGCCAAUGUGGCUUCUGUGGCGAGGAGUUUGCAGGUCACCAGAGCUGGAACAAGCGGAUGGAGCACGUCGGUCGCCAUUUCGAAAAGGGCGAUGCGUCCCCGGAAGGAGAAAAAGAAGAUAUUGCCUUGCGUGACUGGGCGAUCAAGGAAGGAAUUGUUCGUCGGGUGGAAGGGCAGUGGAAGCUUGCUUCUCAUUGCGAGAAGUAGUAAUCCUCUCUCACUCUCGCAUUUUCUUCUUCUUCUUCUCUGCUUUUUUUUCUUUUUUUUUUUUGCUCCUUUUCUUCGCUUCAUGCGUUUCCUUUUCCGGUGCAUCCUUUUUCUUGCAAUAAGCUUUUCGUUUUAAUAUCAUAAUAGCACACGGCGGUGCGUUGGUAUGAUUAACGACGGAUAUCCUGUAUUUGAUAGGUUUUUCUUCAUCUUUUCCUGUUCGCUUUGAUGCUUUUUAACUUUUGUCGCGCUCGGUUUAAAGUUGGUACGAUAUAUCGCAGAAUACCCAGGAACAGUUAACGAUAUGCAUGCAUUUGGCUAGAACUUGAUGUUUUUCAAGAUAGCAUACACUUUUGAGUUUGAAUAAACCACUUUCAUUUCUUAAACCCGCAGUGAUGCUUCGUAAAGUGUCCCCACAUACGUCUAUUGUGAUGGCCUGCAGCAGAGGAGUACAAACCCACAGAGGUCAGUAUCUCUGAUCAUGACAAGACAAGAGAAGCAUGGAUAUAUACAGAGUUGAAAUAGAUGUCACUCGGAGGUACACCACAUUGAGAAAUAC